AUGGAAGACUUUUCGCAGUCCCGCGGCGACGAUGACCUGUUUGACGACGAAAUCGUCCCUUUCGAGGGCCCUCCGUCUCCAGAGCAAGUUGCGGCCCAGUUCCAACAAGUGUCGCUUGAGACAGCCUCCCCGGCACCGGAUGUCGAGCAUAAGCAGGCUGUGUUGGAGUCCAAGGAGACAACAUUUCCCGGGUUUAAGCCCAAGCCAAAAACACGAGGAGGACAUGGGGGUGGCCGAGAAGGAACUAGCAAGCACGGUGGAUUGGCAGAUUCAAGAUGGGCGACAACCCCCUCAAGACCUACAGCAUCAAAUCAAACUGCACGAGAGCCCAACGUAAAAUCAACGCAGCCGAAGGCGACGGACACUGUUUCGGAUAUUGUGAAUGAUCCAGAUGCAGCUACGCGAGGAGGCGAGGGAGGAGGAGAAGGAGAAGGAGAAGGAGAUCCUCCAUCUGCCGACUCGAAAGAACUCGUUGCCCCUGAGAACACAAUUGCCCCUGCCAACGCUCGUCCUCCCGCCGUCCGAGGAGACCGGACUGCGACCGGCGGCAUACGCAAACCCAAGCUGACCGAGGAAGAACUCAGUGCGAAGCUCGCGGCUGCGAAAGAACGGUCGCAGAACCUGGCAGCGGCCUACGCGCGGGCACAAGCAGACGCUGCGAGUUUUGAAGAACGGGAACGUGUAGCGAAAGAGAUGCGGGAGAAAGACCGUGUCGUGCGAAGAGCAAUGGACAAGGAGCGGGAGAAAAAUCGCCAACGCAAAAUGGCCGUCAUGGGCGGGCGGGAGUGGGACGCCGGUAAGAACGAGGAGGAUUUCAAAGUUACACAGAAUGGGCGUGGUGGUCCGCGCAGAUUUGAGAGUGGCAUGACGCCGGAGCGACAAUUUCGGGCAGAGCAGGACGAUCUCCGCAUGUAUGAGUGGCAUGAUGACCGCGGCCGUGGGAGAGGGAGGGGCAGAGGCAGAGGUGGACGAGGAAGGGGACGAGAUGGUGGUGGGAGAGGGGGUGGGUUUGGUCAUGACAAUAACCGUUCUACUCUACAGCAAUCUGCCUGGUCUAACAAUGAGGAUUUCCCUGCUUUGCCCGGCUCCGAUCCUACACAGAAGGAGACGCCAGAGACUGCCACUCCGUCAAGACCCAACCCGACAAGACUGGAUUCGGCACCGGGCGAGGAAGGAGGAAGUUGGGCGGAGCAGGUCGAGUCCAGCGAGGCGCUGGAGAAUAAAAACAAGGCGGAGAACUCUUGA